AUGGCCACCUCCCCCGGAGUUUUCAAAGCCACUGCGGUGAAAGGCCUUUCGAAGUUUCCAGUCCUGCCCCCGAUAGAGAGUACACACCUGCGGGAUGAUGUUGCUCAGGCCAUAGCAGCAAAGGAGGAGAUAGCGCAAAGGCUUCGUGCUCAGAGGAAACAACUCCGGCAGAGAAGGAGUAAAGUGGAGCGAGAACAACUCCAAACAAUACUCAUGUCCAGAGCAAUGAAGGCCUACAGACAGAGUAAAGACAGAGAGGCACUGCACAGUCACUCACCAGAGCCACAGUUACCAUCUUCUAUGCUUAGUGAGGAGCGGAAGCAGAGGAUGAACUACAUGUUUCUUAAGCACUGUGCAGAGAGCAGCCCAGUGGCUCCAAUCCAGCAACACUGGUUAGACUCCAUUGUUACUAAAAUCUCACCUAAACUCCAAGAGACCCCUCAGACCAAAAAACUGCUACAGGAGCUCCUCCAGGAAGUCAGCAGUGAUUUCCACAACAUGACAGUCAGGCACACAGUGGACACAGUGCUGAAGAAUCCACAGGAAGGACAUAGUUCAGAAAAACAGAAAGCUACCCAAACAAAUCUUCUUGAUUUCUCCCAACCUUGGCAUGAUAAUUUUACCAGAAGCUGCAGACUUAUGGAAAAAAAUCUGCACAUUCUUCAUCCCAUAAUGCAAACUAUUCUGGAAAUUGGGUACACCACAUUUUCUCCCCUCAUCCUGGUAGAUCUCUCCGAAUGCCGGACUUCAGGGCCAGUAGAGUGUAAGAGCCUACAGAACAAAAUGGCUGUACAGUGUAAGAGAACAGAAGACCGCAUCAUGAAUACCUGGUUUCCCAAAGUCAUCAGCUUAUUAACAAGCAAGGAAACACUGCAGACAGUUAAAGAGGAGGAUCAAAACUCCUUCUUCAGAUGUGCUUCAAUACUCAUCUCAAAUCAGUUGAAAUCCAUGCUUCAUAAAAGUAUCCAGCAGUUUGUUGGUGUGUUUGAUCCAAGUGAUGGCCACUGCCUGCCUGUCUUUCGAAUGGCCUUGACAUUUGAUGAUGAAAAGAUGGAAAUUUAUCCCACCAUUCAAGAUCUAAAAACUGCUGUUUUUGAGAUUCUUUACACCAUCACAAAUACACUGCAGAAAGUACAGACUGUCCAGUCAUGGCUGGUACAAGGGGCAUCAUUGUAUGUUGAUGCAAAGGUGGCUGAUCACAUCUUUGCCUGGGCUAAGGCCACUAUUAAGUGUGCUCUAUGCAAGAAUCUCGAAGAACCUGACAAGCAUUUCCAAAGCUACGUUGAUAACUAUGACUGGUUAGUCAAUGGAACUGCAAAGGCCCGAGUAGAGAAGUUCAUGAGAGAGGAGCACUCUUUUGAAGAGUACACUACGCAAGUGGAGGAGUUUCGUGCUCUUUCGAAGGAGAUUGCCAGCCUCCCAGCCAAAGCCCACUUCACAAUGGUCCAUCUGGACUGUGAAGAGCUGAAGCAAGGCCUGGCCAACAAAGCCAAAAACUAUGCCGAAAUUCUUCUGAAGAAACUCAUCACCAGCCAUCGGGAGCAGAAUCUAAAGAUCUGCUCAGAAUUUGAAACUAUCAGAGAGACAGCUCUGAAAAUACCAGAGACGACCGAGGACAUGACUCAACUUAUUGAAUAUAUUGAUUUCAUUAAGACAAAGGGCAUCACAGAACUUAAUGGAAGAAUAAAGGAAAGCUAUUGCAGACUGGUCUACCUCCUGGAUGUCCACAUCAUUGAGCGAGAAGAUCAAGAACUUAAUUCGACUGUCUUCCUCUGGCCACAGCAAAUCCUUCACGUCUUUGAGCUCAGUGAUGAAGUGCUGAUGAAAGCCAGGCAGAAAGGGGAACAGGAGCUGGUUGCUAAGAGAGAAAGAUUAAUGUUACAGCUGGAAAAGUUGGGACAUAGGAUAGAGGAAUUCCCGUUUUGUUCUGAGCUGGAUAUGGUGGCACAGUAUAUUAAGGAAGUCAAAACAGUUCAAAAACUUCUCCAGGAGGUUAAAGAGACCAUCACCUUCAUCAACAAAGAGGAGGACUUUUACAAAUGGGAGCAAACGUGUUACCCAGAAGUUGAGGUCAUCAAAGACAGCAUUGAGCCUUAUCAUAAGCUGUUUGGACUUGUACAGAAGUGGCAGCGGGCAGAGUACAGAUGGAUGGAUGGCUCCUUCCAAGAUCUAGAUGGUGAGAGCAUGGAAGGGAUGGUGGAUGAGUUCUAUCGGGAGAUCUUCAAGAUGCUCAAGGUUUUCCAACAGAAGCAGAACAAGGCUGAGCAAGAGAUGGAGAAGAUGUCAGGCCCAACUAAGCGACGACAGAGUGUGGAUAGUCCGAGGAAGCAGGAAAACCCCACAGUCCUUUUAUGCUCAACUGUUAUGGAGCAGAUCAAAGAAUUCAAGGAACACAUCCCUGUAGUGUCCAUCUUGUGUAAUCCAGGCAUCCGUGCUCGCCACUGGGACCAGAUGUCAGAGAUAGUUGGGUAUGACCUCACCCCUGACUCUGGUACAACACUACGCAAAGUCCUUAAGCAGAAUCUGGCUCCAUACCUGGAAGAGUUUGAGUCUAUCAGCGCUGCUGCUAGUAAAGAAUUUUCCCUGGAGAAGGCUAUGCAAACCAUGGUGCACAUUUGGGAUGGAAUUUCUUUCCACCAUCAGCCUUACAGAGAAACCGGAGUGUCCAUCCUGACUGCCUUGGAUGAGAUCCAGACAAUGCUAGAUGACCAAAUUGUAAAGACUCAGACUAUGAGAGGUUCACCGUUCAUCAAACCAUUUGAAAAUGAGAUUAAGCGAUGGGAGGAACGUCUUCUUCGAAUCCAGGAAACCAUAGAUGAGUGGCUGAAGGUGCAGGCCCAGUGGCUUUAUCUGGAGCCUAUAUUCUCCUCUCAGGACAUCAUGCAGCAGAUCCCCGAAGAGGGACGACUUUUCCAAACUGUUGACAAAAACUGGAAAGAUGUUAUGAGGCACUGUGUGAAGAAUCCAAAGAUUCUACCAGCUACCUCACUGCCUGGUUUGCUAGAGAAACUGCAAGAUUCAAACAACCUCCUGGAAAGUAUCAUGAAAGGAUUGAAUGCAUACUUGGAGAAGAAGCGUCUCUUUUUCCCCAGGUUUUUCUUCUUGUCCAAUGAUGAAAUGCUGGAAAUCUUGUCUGAGACAAAGGACCCACUAAGAGUGCAGCCCCAUCUGAAGAAAUGCUUUGAAGGCAUUUCCAAACUGGACUUCCUUCCCAACUUGGAUAUCCAUGCCAUGUAUAGUAGUGAGGGGGAGCGUGUGCAGCUUAUCCAGAAUAUCUCCACAUCUGAAGCCAAAGGAGCGGUGGAAAAGUGGUUGGUGCAAGUGGAGGAUGUGAUGCUCCGUAGUGUCAGAGAUGUGGUGGCCCAGUCCAGAUUGGCUUAUGCAGAGACAGCCCGGAGCCAGUGGGUAAAGGAGUGGCCUGGGCAGGUGGUGCUCUGUACAUCCCAGAUUUUCUGGACAUUGGAGGUUCAUGAAGCCAUCAGAGCAGGGGCUGAUGGUUUAAAGAACUACUACCAGCAGCUGCAGAAUCAGCUGAAUGACAUAGUCGAGCAGGUGAGAGGAAAACUGCCCAAGCAAACAAGGAUCACUUUGGGAGCCCUGGUCACGAUCGAUGUUCACGCCCGGGAUGUUGUCAUGGAGCUCAUUGAGAAAGGAGUAUCACAUGAAACAGAUUUUCAGUGGCUUGCUCAGCUGCGCUACUACUGGAGCAAUGACAAUGUCCGUGUUCGCAUAAUUAACUGUGAUGUUAAGUAUGCCUAUGAGUACCUGGGAAAUUCACCACGUCUGGUCAUCACUCCACUUACAGACAGAUGCUACAGGACACUGAUUGGGGCUUUCUACUUGAAUUUGGGUGGUGCACCUGAGGGUCCAGCUGGUACAGGAAAGACUGAAACCACCAAAGAUCUUGCCAAAGCUCUUGCUGUGCAAUGUGUGGUCUUCAACUGUUCUGACGGACUUGAUUACCUUGCCAUGGGCAAAUUUUUCAAAGGUCUGGCAUCAUCUGGUGCGUGGGCGUGCUUUGAUGAAUUCAACCGCAUUGAGCUAGAGGUGUUGUCUGUAGUGGCCCAGCAAGUUCUGUGCAUCCAGAGGGCCAUCGAGCUAAAACUGGAGUAUUUUGACUUUGAGGGGACAAUGCUCAAACUCAACCCAAACUGCUUUGUGUCCAUCACAAUGAACCCUGGCUAUGCAGGACGCUCAGAGCUCCCAGACAAUCUUAAGGUUUUAUUUCGAACAGUGGCAAUGAUGGUCCCAAACUAUGCCCUAAUCGCAGAGAUCUCCUUGUAUUCUUAUGGCUUUCUCAACGCCAAACCACUGUCAGUGAAGAUUGUGAUGACCUACAGGCUCUGUUCAGAGCAGCUGUCCUCCCAAUUCCAUUAUGAUUACGGCAUGAGGGCCGUCAAAGCUGUUCUUGUGGCUGCAGGAAAUCUCAAGCUCAAGUUCCCUGAUGAGAAUGAGGACAUACUGCUCCUGAGGUCUAUAAAGGAUGUUAAUGAGCCCAAGUUUCUGUCCCAUGAUAUUCCACUCUUCAAUGGAAUCACCAGUGAUCUUUUUCCUGGCAUCUCUCUGCCUGAGGCUGACUAUCAGCUGUUUCUGGAAGCUUCGAAGGAGUGCUGUAAAAAUCACAACGUACAGCCAACACAGGUUUUCUUAGAGAAGAUGAUCCAGACUUAUGAGAUGAUGAUAGUAAGACAUGGGUUCAUGCUGGUGGGUGAACCUUUCGCUGGAAAGACCAAAGUGCUGCAUGUUCUAGCUGACACACUGACUCUUAUGAAUGAAAGAGGGUAUGGUGAGGAGGAAAAGGUCAUUUACAGAACACUGAACCCAAAGUCCAUCACCAUGGGACAGCUAUUUGGACAGUUUGACCUUGUUUCACAUGAGUGGACAGAUGGGAUUGUGGCCAACACAUUUCGUGAGUUUGCGUCUGCAGACACACCAGAUCGUAAGUGGGUGGUGUUUGAUGGCCCUAUAGAUACUCUGUGGAUUGAAAGCAUGAACACAGUGCUGGAUGACAACAAAAAGUUGUGCCUGAUGAGUGGUGAGAUCAUUCAGAUGUCCAGUCAGAUGAGUCUAAUUUUUGAAGCCAUGGAUCUGUCACAGGCGUCUCCUGCUACUGUCAGCCGAUGUGGUAUGAUCUACAUGGAGCCGUCACAGUUGGGCUGGGAGCCCUUAGUUAUCUCCUGGCUGAACACUCUUCCUGAUACCCUGCAGAGCCCUGACAACCACUCCCUGCUGCUGGAGCUCUUCCACUGGCUGCUGCCACCUGUUCUCAGGAUGCUGCGUAAACAUUGCAGAGAAGUUGUUCCUACAAGUGACAGUAACACUGUGGUGUCCUUGUGUCGACUGUUUGAGAUGCUCCUCACUGAGCCUGUACAGAAAAGUCCAGGGGAUAAAAACAUUCGUACCUGGAUCAUGGCAGCUUUUUCCUUCUCCCUUGUUUGGUCUGUGGGUGGCAGCUGUGUCUCAGACAGCAGAGAAAAGUUUAGUGAAUUCUUCAGGGAGAUUGUUUUAGGAAAGGAAGAGGAGCAUCCUAUCCCUGCCACUGUGGGGAAAUGGGAAUGCCCAAUGGAUGAGAAAGGCCUGGUGUAUGACUAUUUCUAUGAGUUUAAAGGAAGGGGACGCUGGAUUCACUGGAAUGACGGCAUUAAGAAUGUCAGCCUAGGGGACAAGAACACCAAAGUGCAGGAGAUCAUUGUUCCCACCAUAGAUACAGUUCGCUACACCUACCUUAUGGACCUCUGCAUCAGCUAUGGAGUACCUCUACUGUUUGUUGGCCCUACUGGCACAGGGAAGUCAGUAUAUGUGAAGGAGAAACUGAUGAACAGUUUGGACAAGGACCACUAUCUGCCCUUCUUUAUCAAUUUUUCAGCCAGAACUAGUGCCAACCAAACUCAGAAUAUCAUCAUGUCCAGGCUGGAUAAGAGAAGGAAGGGGGUGUUUGGACCUCCAAUGGGAAAGAAAUGUGUCAUCUUUGUAGAUGACAUGAACAUGCCUGCACUGGAACAGUUUGGGGCACAGCCUCCCGUGGAACUCCUUCGGCAGUUUGUAGACCAUGGAAACUGGUACGACUUGAAGGACACCUCCAGAAUCACUCUUGUUGACCUUCAGCUCAUUGCAGCUAUGGGUCCCCCUGGUGGUGGGAGGAAUGCUGUGACAUCUCGCUUCCUACGACACUUCAACAUCUUUAGCAUCAAUGCCUUCAGUGAUGAUACCAUGGUUCGCAUCUUCUCCAGUAUUGUAGCCUUUUACCUCAAAAACAACCAGUUCCCACCAGAAUAUUUCACCAUUGGCAAUCAGAUAGUGACAGCUACAAUGGAAGUAUACAAGAAAGCUAUGGAGAACCUGCUUCCAACUCCAGCCAAGUCUCACUACACUUUCAACCUGCGAGACUUCUCUCGUGUUAUUCAAGGCUGCUUGCUGCUUAAGAAGGAAUCACUGGAGAACAAGCGCACCAUGAUACGUUUGUUCGUUCACGAGGUCUUUCGUGUCUACUAUGACCGUCUGGUGGACAACAAAGAUCGAGCAUGGCUCUACCAGCUGAUGAAAGACAUCCUCAAAGAGCACUUAAAGGAUAACUUUGACCAAGUGUUUGAUCACCUGAAACAAGGCAGUAAACUGGUUGAAGAAGACAUGUGCAGUCUUCUGUUUGGUGACUAUAUGAACCCGGACCUGGAGGAUGAUGAGCGUCUGUAUGCUGAGGUGCCUUCCAUGGACAGCUUUUCAAAUGUAGUGCAGUUGUGUCUUGAGGAGUACAAUCAAAUGCACAAGAAUCACAUGAACCUUGUCAUCUUUCGGUAUGUCCUUGAGCACCUGUCUCGUAUCAGCCGUGUGCUGAAGCAGCCGGGAGGUAAUACCUUGCUAGUGGGAGUGGGAGGCAGCGGACGCCAGUCAAUCACCCGGCUGGCUACGUCCAUGGCCCACAUGACCCUGUUCCAGCCUGAGAUCUCCAAAAGCUAUGGCAUGACUGAGUGGAGAGAUGACCUGAAGAUGCUACUGAAAAAUGCAGGAGUGAAAGGUCAGAAAACAGUGUUUUUGCUCACUGAUGCUCAAAUUAAAGAUGAGGCUUUCCUAGAGGAUGUGGACAGUGUGUUGAACACAGGAGAGGUACCAAACCUGUUUGCCAUAGAUGAGAAGCAGGAGAUCCUGGAGACAAUACGUCCCAUUGCUCAGGCUGGGAAUAAAAAUUUGGAGUUGAGUCCUUUGACUUUGUUCGCCUUCUUUGUGGCUCGCUGUAGAGAGAACCUGCACAUUGUUGUGGCCUUUAGUCCUAUUGGAGAUGCCUUUCGGAAUCGCUUGCGCCAAUUUCCAUCACUUAUCAACUGCUGUACCAUUGACUGGUUCCAGCCUUGGCCAGAGGAGGCUCUUGAGCGGGUAGCCAACUCUUUCCUGGAGUCACUGGAUAUGAGUGAAAAUGAAAGACAGGAAGUUGUCUCCAUCUGUAAAACAUUCCAUACCUCUGUCAAACAGCUCUCAAACAGAUUCCUGUCUGAGCUUGGUCGCCAUAAUUACGUGACACCCACAUCCUACCUAGAGUUGAUAGCAGCUUUCAGGCUGCUGCUUACUCAAAAGAGAGACACUGUCUUGAAAGCAAAACAGAGGUACACCAAUGGUCUGGAUAAGCUGGCCUUUGCUGAAUCACAGGUUGGUGAGAUGAAGAAGGAACUUGUAGACCUACAGCCCAAACUGGAACAAGCGAAAAUAGACAACACCAAAAUGAUGGAGGUCAUUGAAGUAGAGUCUGUGGAGGUGGAGGCCAAAAGUAAAACCGUGCGUGUUGAUGAGGAAGCAGCAACGAUAAAAGCCGACGAGGCUCAGGCUCUGAAGAACGAGUGUGAGAGUGACUUGGCUGAGGCCAUCCCCGCCCUAGAGGCUGCUCUCUCUGCCUUAGACACUUUAAAGCCCUCUGAUAUCACAAUCGUGAAGUCGAUGAAAAAUCCCCCCUCAGGGGUGAAGCUGGUCAUGUCAGCUGUGUGUGUGAUGAAAGAGAUAAAACCAGAUAAGAUAGCGGACCCAGCAGGGGCUGGAAAAAAGGUUUUUGACUACUGGGGUCCAAGCAAGAAGCUAUUGGGUGACAUGAACUUUUUAAGAGAUCUUAAAGAAUAUGACAAGGACAAUAUUCCCGUCCCUGUGAUGCAGAAAAUCCGUAAUGAGUACAUGACUAAUCCAGACUUUGACCCCAGUAUAGUGGCAAAGGCCUCCUCUGCAGCAGAGGGCCUUUGCAAAUGGAUCAAAGCAAUGGAGGUGUAUGACAGAGUGGCAAAGGUCGUGGCUCCUAAGAAGGCCAAUCUUGCAGAGGCGCAGGAGUCCCUUGCUGCCACCAUGGCACUGCUGGACCAGAAGAGAGCUGAGCUGAAGGAGGUUGAGGACCGUUUGGCUGCCCUUCAGAAAACUUUUGAGGAGAAAACAGAGGAGAAGGCCCAGCUGGAGUUCCAGGUGGAUUUGUGUGCCAGGAAGUUGGAGAGGGCAGAGAAACUUAUUGGUGGUCUGGGUGGUGAGAAGACCAGAUGGUCAAAGGCAGCAGAUGAUCUGCAGAACACAUAUGACAACCUGACUGGAGAUGUCCUCAUUUCUGCUGGGGUCAUAGCUUACCUGGGGGCCUUCACCACUGGAUUCAGACAAGAGUGCACCAAGUCAUGGACCAAACUCUGCCAAUCGAAGAACAUCCCAUCAUCAGACGACUUCUUCCUCAGUAAGACCCUUGGAGAUCCCAUUAAGAUCCGGGCGUGGAACAUUGCAGGCCUUCCCAGUGACUCAUUCUCUAUCGAUAAUGGUGUGAUUGUCAGUAAUUCACGCAGAUGGCCCUUGAUGAUUGACCCUCAAGGUCAGGCCAACAAGUGGGUGAAGAACUCAGAGAAAGACAACAACCUGAGUGUGAUCAAGCUGACAGAUGGGGACUACAUGAGAACCCUGGAAAACUGCAUUCAAUUCGGAACACCUUUGCUACUGGAAAACGUUGGAGAGGAGCUGGACCCUUCACUGGAACCACUUCUGCUCAAACAAACCUUCAAACAAGGUGGCAUGGAUUGCAUCAGGCUUGGAGAGAGCGUGAUUGAGUACGCAUGUGAUUUCCGUUUCUACAUCACCACUAAGCUGAGGAAUCCACACUACCUACCAGAACUGGCCACUAAGGUUUCUCUGCUUAACUUUAUGAUCACCCCAGAGGGUCUGGAGGAUCAGCUGCUUGGGAUUGUGGUCGCCAAAGAGAGGCCAGAGCUCGAAGAGGAGAGAAAUGCACUCAUUCUACAGUCAGCUGCUAAUAAAAGGCAGCUUAAGGAAAUUGAGGACAAGAUUCUGGAGACCUUGCAGUCCUCUGAAGGGAAUAUCCUGGAGGAUGAAAGUGCCAUUCAAAUUCUGGACUCUGCUAAAAUCAUGUCAAAUGAAAUCUCUAAGAAACAGCAGAUUGCAGAGAAGACUGAGAUCAAGAUAGCAGAGUCCAGAGAAGGUUAUAGAGCCAUAGCCAAGCACUCCUCCAUACUCUUCUUCAGCAUUGCUGACCUUACCAACAUAGACCCCAUGUACCAGUACUCCCUCAGCUGGUUCGUCAACCUCUACAUAAACUCUAUUCAAGACAGUAAUAAGUCCAAGAUCCUGGAGAGGAGGCUUCGAUACCUUAUUGAUCACUUCACCUAUAACCUCUACUGUAACGUCUGUCGCUCCCUGUUUGAGAAGGAUAAACUCCUCUUUUCAUUCCUCCUCUGCUGCAAUCUUCUCUUAGCAAAACAGGAAAUUGAAUAUUCUGACUUCAUGUUCCUACUGACUGGAGGAGUGGGUCUGCAGAACACCAUUCCCAAUCCGGACCCCAGCUGGCUCCAGGACAAGAGCUGGGAUGAGAUUUGUAGAGCCAGUGAUCUGCCUGGCUUACAAGGAAUCAAAGAGGCUUUCAUCAAAAGCUCAGGAGACUUCAAGCCCAUUUAUGACAGCAAAGAGCCAUGCAACACUCCCUUACCCACUCCCUGGUGUGAUCGACUUAAUGAGCUGCAAAAGAUGAUCAUCGUUCGCUGUCUCAGGCCCGAUAAGAUAGUGCCAGCUGUGACUAAAUAUGUGACUGGCAAACUGGGCAAGAAAUUUGUCCAGCCCCCUCCAUUUGACCUGAGCAAAAGCUACUUGGAUUCCAACUCCACUAUCCCUCUUGUGUUUGUGCUGUCCCCAGGAGCUGAUCCCAUGGCUAGUUUACUGAAGUUUGCCAGUGACAAGAAAAUGGGCAGUGCCAAGUUCCAGUCCAUCUCUCUGGGUCAGGGCCAGGGACCCAUCGCUGCCAAGAUGAUCUCCACUGCCAUGCAGGACGGGACGUGGGUGUGUUUACAGAACUGUCACCUGGCUGUUUCCUGGAUGUCCACCUUGGAGAAAAUCUGCGAGGAUUUAAGUCCUGAAACAUGCCAUCCAGACUUUCGCCUUUGGCUCACAAGCUACCCUUCAGCCAGGUUUCCAGUGACCAUCCUGCAGAAUGGAGUUAAAAUGACGAAUGAGCCUCCCACUGGACUCCGCCUCAACCUCUUGCAGUCUUACCUGUCAGAUCCUGUUUCUGACCAGAACUUCUUUAAUAACUGCCCUAAAAAGGAACUGAUUUGGGAGAAGCUGCUCUAUGGCCUUUGCUUCUUCCAUGCUCUUGUUCAGGAGAGAAAAAAGUUUGGUCCCCUUGGCUGGAAUAUUCCCUAUGGUUUCAAUGAAUCUGACCUACGUAUAAGCAUCCGACAGCUACAGCUGUUUGUAAAUGAAUAUGAUGAGGUGCCCUUUGAAGCUAUAACAUACUUGACUGGAGAGUGUAACUAUGGCGGCCGUGUGACAGACGACUGGGACAGGCGCCUCCUGAUGACUAUCUUAGCAGACUUCUACAACAAGGACGUCAUUGAGAAACCUCGCUACCCUUUCUCUCCCAGCGGUGAAUACCAUGCCCCACCCAAAUCUGUCUAUGAAGAUUAUAUUGAAUUCAUCAAGGGACUUCCAUUCACCCAGCAUCCAGAGGUUUUCGGGAUGCAUGAAAAUGUGGACAUCUCUAAAGAUCUUCAGCAAACAAAGUUGUUGUUUGAUUCCCUGCUGCUCACCCAGGGUGGAGGAGCUAAGGGAGGUGGCAGCUCUGGGAGUGACCACACACUGUACGACAUAGCAAACGAUAUCCUAACUAAGCUUCCUCCUAACUUUGACACAGAAGCAGCUCUGUUGAAGUUCCCUGUGCUCUAUGAGGAGAGUAUGAACACUGUACUCGUCCAAGAGAUGGAGCGCUACAACACGCUGUGCAGUACCAUCCGUGUGAGUCUGCAGAACCUGUUGAAGGCCAUCAAAGGAUUGGUGGUGAUGGAUGCAGACCUAGAGGCCAUUGUAGGCAGUUUAAUUGUGGGCAAGGUCCCAGAUAAAUGGGCCAAGCGUUCUUACCCAAGCCUCAAGCCUUUGGGCAGCUACAUAACAGACUUUCUCUCCAGGCUUAGGUUUUUGCAGGAUUGGUACGAAGCCAAUAAACCAAACGUGUUCUGGCUGUCUGGCUUCUUCUUCACCCAGGCCUUUCUGACUGGGGCGAUGCAGAACUACGCUCGGAAAUACCAUGUCCCAAUUGACCUGCUAGGCUUUGAUUUUGAGGUUCUUCCCAUUGAUGAGUCAGACUCAUCGCCUGAGGAUGGUGUUUACGUAAAUGGAAUGUUUCUUGAUGGAGCUCGAUGGGACAGAGAAAGUGGAGUUCUGGCUGAGCAGUAUCCCAAGGUCUUGUUCGACUUAAUGCCAAUCAUUUGGAUAAAACCUUCUCAGAUGAAGAACAUCAGUCAGCCGCAGAAACUGUUCAUCUGCCCACUCUACAAAACCAGUGAGAGGAAGGGAACCCUCUCCACAACAGGCCACUCCACCAAUUUUGUCAUUUCUAUGAUGUUGCCCACCAGCAGGCUCCCUCAGCACUGGAUCAAGCGUGGUGUUGCCAUGCUUUGCCAGCUCGAUGACUGA